CUCAGAAAAUGGCGUUUUGUUGGAGUGUGAGUGAUCGGACGUAACCAAGUGGGGCCACACUCUGGUUUGUCAUUCAUGAAAAACGUACUUUGUGGAUUACCACUGUUAUCAGUUAGGUAAUAUAAUGGCAGCAAAUAUGUAUCGGGUUGGAGAUUAUGUCUAUUUUGAAACCUCAUCCACUACACCGUAUCAAAUCCGACGAAUUGAAGAACUCAUUAAGACUCCAAACGGAAAUGUGGAAGCUAAAGUGAUGUGUUUUUAUAGAAGGAAAGACAUUUCUAGUUCUUUGGUUCUGAUGGCUGAUAAGCACCAAAGCCUGGCUGAAACCCUGGAUGAGAAAAGUGCCUUAGAUGAGGAACAGGAACAAGAGGUUGAACUACUAAGUGAAAGAGAUCGUCAUCAACUAAAACAUAGGGAACUGUUCUUAUCAAGACAAGUUGAAACAUUGCCAGCCACACACAUCCGUGGGAAGUGCACAGUCACAUUGCUAAAUGAAACCGAGUCCAUGGCCUCAUACUUGAACAAAGAGGACUGUUUCUUCUAUACAUUAGUGUUUGACCCUCAUCAGAAGACACUUUUAGCUGAUAAAGGAGAAAUAAGAGUUGGAUCAAGAUAUCAAGCAGAAAUUACACCAAUACUAAAAGAAGGCGAAGAAGAUGGCAGACGUUUGGAAGAUCUUGAAACUAUAGUUUAUACACCUCAUCAUAAUUUAUCAGACAGACAAAUAGACCAGUUCCUUAUUAUUUGUAGGUCUAUAGGUACCUUUGCCAGAGCCCUGGAUUGUUCAAGUUCUGUGAAGCAGCCAAGUCUCCACAUGAGCGCUGCAGCAGCUUCCCGUGAUAUCACCUUGUUUCAUGCAAUGGACAUUCUACACCAACACAACUACGACAUUGCAAGUGCAAUUUCUAGCCUAGUCACGUCAAAAGGUCCUAUUCUUUGUCGAGAUGAGAUGGAAGAGUGGUCAGCCUCUGAAGCAAAUCUUUUUGAAGAAGCCCUUGAAAAAUAUGGCAAAGACUUCAUUGACAUUAGGCAAGAUUUUCUUCCUUGGAAGAGUUUGAAAAACAUAGUAGACUACUAUUAUAUGUGGAAAACCACAGAUCGUCAUGUUCAACAGAAAAGGGUGAAGGCAGUAGAAGCCGAGAGCAAGCUCAAACAAGUCUACAUUCCUAAUUAUAACAACAAACCCACCACACUGAAUGGUCCGAAUGGAGAAAACCUGGUUUCAGGAGGACGUCCAUGUGAGAGCUGCUACACUUUAAGUUCUCACCAGUGGUAUGCCUGGGGUCCUCCACACUUACAAUGUAGGUUGUGUCAACCAUGCUGGAGUUUCUGGAAACGAUAUGGAGGCCUGAAGUAUCCUAGUAAGCUUGAUGGUGAGCUCCAGACCUCAGCCCGGAACUCAGAUAAUGACUCCUCCUAUUCAUGCAGGGACUGUAACAAAGUCUUUAAUCGGCAAGAACGGUUGACGGCUCACAUGGCUGCACACAGACCACAUCGAUGUGGGUUCAGUAGUUGUGGGAAGGAAUUCAAACUUAAAGCUCACCUAGUGCGACACUGUGCUUCUGUCCAUGAUUCAGCUAUUAGAGUUGGUAGUCCAAGACCUAUAAUAAAGACACGUGUAGCAUUCUAUCUGUGUACCACACCUCUUACUCGACUUGCUCGACGAGUUUGUGCUCAUCUCUUACAACCACACCACGCUGCCAGAAACCCUUUUAAAGCAAUCAAUGUGGUAGCUGUCAAACAGGAAUGUCAAACUAAGUUGCUUGAGGGAUUGCCAAAAAUACCAAUUGCUAAAUCUCGGAACCGGGGAUCUAUUCUUGAUAUAUCUCAUCGUUUGGGGGCUCCCAAUAUACCAAUACCCGAGUGGCUGAUAGCCAUGCCUAAAAAUAAACUUCCUCAACCUGAACGUUUAGCAUUCCCUCCACCUCCCCGUGGAAAAGAUGGUCAACUCUUAAUACCUUGGCCUCAUAAGGAAGAAAGCCGAUCAGUGGGUAUCAACAGUGUGUUACCUACAAUUCUAAGGAAACGUGGAUAUGAACAACAAAAUGGAGUAGAUGGGCCUGCAGCCAAACAUCGGGCAGUAGUUGGAUCCUCACCAGACCUAUACAAAAUGGCAGACUUGCCACAAGGAACAAUUAUCACUCGAUUAAAUGGACGAGCAAAGAUGACUACCAUCAGGUUUGGGGGUCGGAAACAGACGAUAAGCUUAGUUGAUGCUCCAGAUGAUGUGUACUUUAUAGCCACACCUGCUACAAGAAAACUUCGAAGGCAACUAGGGUUGAAUGAAGUACGUCGUGCUGCUAGGCGACCAAGUAGAAAAUUGUAUGUAAAACUUCCACAGUAUGGAAUCCCUUCCUAUCGGCAGGUCAUCACACAGGAAUAGCCCUGGUUACACGACCUGCACUUACAAGCAGACAGAUAAAACUGCAAUGAGUAAGAAGGCCAAAAUUGUCUGUGUGCUGAUAAGGUUUGAAGUUUGUAUGAUAAGGAUUCUUUUGGAAUAAAAGACAUUCCGUGCAGAUGAACAACAUUCUGUGUGUUUAAGUGCUUGUAGAGAAAAGGAAUGAAAACAAAAGAUGGUGUGUUUCUGAUCUGACUAGGGAAUGAUAGACCUUUUAACAAAAAAUUGUAGACAAAAAAUAUCGUUCUUGCUCUGGCCUGAAAAUGAUAGUGAUCUUUACAACAAGUGAAUAAAAACAGAGGUUGUAUUUUAAAAAACAAAAGGGGUAUCAUUCAGAUUUAAAUCUGGCCCAGAUAGCUGACAGCUUUAUAAAAAUGCAGACAAGUAUUAUAUUGUAACGUUGUUGAUUGUGUUGUUUACUUUGUAACUUCUAACAUUUUGUCUAUCAUAGACAAAUUCACAAAGUUUUCAACAUACAGAUUUUUAAAGUCAAGAAGAUGCAUAUGUCAGAAGAAACAACAAUAUUUGUUAGAGAUCCCCUCAAGAGGUUUUAAGACUUAAAAUUCCCAUCCCUUGAAUUGUUAUUUCAUCUACAAUAUAAGGAAAGGAUAUACACCGUAGAACAAGGUGGGGACUUUUUUGUUUUUUUAUGCCAGUGCCAGGUGGGUCCAGUAUUUAUACAGAUUACCAUAACAUGGGUAAGCCUGGUGGUUUGGAAUAUUUGUUCUUGUGUUUGAAUUAAAUGAAGUUUCUCUUCCGUAACAUUUAAAUGUCACCAUACUGGUAGUGUUAUUUUAUACCUGAAAUGCUUGAACGAAAUUUUAUUAUUAUUUUUUAAUCCUUGUUCUAACAUAUCUGUGUAUCCAACCUGUAUGAUAGUUCCAAACGUAACACUGUUUUUCAAGUUGUCCCCUAUUGAACACAAUUUUUCUAUUUAAUUUGAGAAAAUCAAAUUUAAAAUAUGUAAUGGCUUUAAAAUUUCUUAAAAGUAAGAAAGUAUUGCAUCAUCAGUUACAUUAUCAUUUUGAUGUCCAUGUAUUAUAAAUAAUACAAUUAAAUCUAUUGGUUUAUACAAAAUACUUUUUUAAAGGUUGUACUUUCAAUUUUUCAAUACAUUUACUGGUAAAUAUAUCUAUCACAGGAUUUUUAAAAACCACACCUCUACCUCACCUCCCUUUUAGAAAACAUGCCUUGACCUGUUUGGAGCUAUGUGUUGUAUUUAAUAUCUUUUCUGAAUAAUUUUGUCUGGUUUUAGUCCAACAAUUAGCUAUAAAAAUUAGGAAAAUUAUCUUUUCAAUCAGUAAUUUAUAUCAAGAUUUAAAAAACUUUCACCAAAGAUUAACCAAAGUCAGCUUGUGAGUUUUGGUGGGACUGGGCAGGUUGUUUACAUUUCCAAUUAAGACGAAAUUUAAAUAAAGCAGAACCUUGUUUGGAGUGUUAUAGAUUCAAUUAAAAUUUUUUUUCCAAAACAUAAUUAAAUUGUUGCAUGGUAAUAGCUGAAUAAAAACUAUCUGACUUGUUACUAUCUUUUUGUAAAAAAAAAAAAAAAAAAAAAAUUUUGCCCAUCAUAAAUAAUUU